GGCGGGCACACGCAGAGCGCGCGGCCGGGGGCGGAGCAGCGGUGGAGGCGGCGGUGGCGGGCCUGCGGGGUGGGAAGCCUUAGCGGGCCCCAGGGAAACGAAGUGCUGCGCAGUCCUGAUUCCGCCGCCCGCCGCGGAGCCAUGGAGAUCGGCACCGAGAUCAGCCGCAAGAUCCGGAGUGCCAUUAAGGGGAAAUUGCAAGAAUUAGGAGCUUACGUUGAUGAAGAACUUCCUGAUUACAUUAUGGUGAUGGUGGCCAACAAGAAAAGUCAGGACCAAAUGACAGAGGACCUGUCCCUGUUUCUAGGGAACAACACAAUUCGAUUCACCGUAUGGCUUCAUGGUGUAUUAGAUAAACUUCGCUCUGUUACAACGGAACCCUCUAGUCUAAAGUCUUCUGAUACCAACAUCUUUGAUAAUAACGUGCCUUCAAACAAGAGCAGUUUCAGUCGGGGAGAUGAGAGAAGGCACGAAGCUGCAGUGUCUCCCCUUGCCAUUUCUAGCACUAGACCUGAAAAAAGAGAUUCCAGAAUUUCUUCAAGCUCACAGGAGCAGAAAACCACUAAUGCCAGACAGACUUAUGAUGACGGAGCUGCGACCCGACUAAUGUCAACAGUGAAACCUCUGAGGGAGCCAGCACCCUCUGAAGAUGUAAUUGAUAUUAAGCCGGAACCAGAUGAUCUCAUUGAUGAAGACCUCAAUUUUGUGCAGGAGAAUCCCUUAUCUCAGAAAAAACCUACAGUGACACUUACAUAUGGUUCUUCUCGCCCUUCUAUUGAAAUUUAUCGACCACCUGCAAGUCGAAAUGCAGAUAGUGGUGCUCAUUUAAACAGGUUGCCAUUUCAACAGCAGCAGAACAGUAUUCAUGCUGCCAAGCAACUUGAUGUACAGAACAAUCGGGUGUAUGAAACAGGACAUUUGUGUGAACCAGAAGUGCUUAACAGUUUAGAAGAGACUUACAGUCCCUUCUUCAGAAACAACUCAGAAAAAAUGAGUAUUGAGGAUGAAAACUUCCGGAAGAGAAAGUUGCCUGUGGUGAGUUCAGUUGUUAAAGUAAAAAAGUUCAAUCACGAUGGAGAAGAGGAGGAGGAAGAUGAUGAUUAUGGCUCCCGAACAGGAAGUGUGUCCAGCAGUGUAUCUGUGCCAGCAAAGCCUGAAAGGAGACCUUCUCUUCCACCUUCUAAACAAGCCAACAAGAAUCUAAUUUUGAAGGCUAUAUCUGAAGCUCAAGAAUCUGUAACAAAAACAACUAACUAUUCCGCAGUCCCACAAAAACAGACACUUCCAGUUGCUCCAAGAACUCGAACUUCUCAGGAAGAAUUGUUAGCAGAAGUAGUCCAGGGGCAAAGCAGGACCUCCAGAAUAAGUUCCCCCAUUAAAGAAGAGGAAACAAAAGGAGAUAAUACAGAGAAAAAUCAAGGAACUCCACAGAGGCAAUUACUAUCCCGACUGCAAAUUGACCCUGUAAUGGCAGAAACACUGCAGAUCAGUCAAGAUUACUAUGACAUGGAAUCCAUGGUCCAUGCAGACACAAGAUCAUUUAUUCUGAAGAAGCCAAAGCUGUCUGAGGAAAUAGUAGUGGCACCAAACCAAGAGUCGGGGAUGAAGACUGCAGAUACCCUUCGGGUACUUUCAGGACACCUUAUGCAGACACGAGAUCUUGUACAACCAGAUAAACCUGCAAGUCCCAAGUUUAUAGUGACGCUGGAUGGUGUCCCCAGCCCCCCAGGAUACAUGUCAGAUCAAGAGGAGGACAUGUGCUUUGAAGGAAUGAAACCUGUAAACCAAACUGCAGCCUCAAACAAGGGACUCAAAGGUCUCCUCCACCCACAGCAGUUGCAGUUGAUGAGCAGGCAGCUUGGUGACCCAAAUGCUGAGAUGAGUGAACUUAGUGUGGUACAAAAACCAGAAAAGCUUUUGGAGCGCUGCAAGUUGCCUGCUUGUAAAAAUGGGGACGAGUGUGCAUACCAUCAUCCCAUUUCACCUUGCAAAGCCUUCCCCAAUUGUAAAUUUGCCGAAAAAUGUUUGUUUGUUCAUCCAAAUUGUAAAUUUGAUGCAAAGUGUACUAAACCAGAUUGUCCCUUUACUCAUAUGAGUAGAAGAAUUCCAGUACUGCCUCCAAAACCAGCAGCUACAACACCAACACCAUCUUCUAGUAGUCAGCUCUGCCGUUACUUCCCAGCUUGUAAGAAAAUGGAAUGUCCCUUCUACCAUCCAAAACACUGUAGAUUUAACACUCAGUGUACAAGACCGGACUGUACAUUCUAUCAUCCCACCAUUACUGUACCACCAAGACACGCCUUGAAAUGGAUUCGACCUCAGACCAGUGAAUGACACCCAGUCCUACUGGUGGAAGAUCAUGCAGUUUGAAAGGUUCCAUCUGCUGAUGAAAAAUAAUUCUACAGAAUUGUCGAAUCUUUGAAACUUGGAAUAUAUUGCUUUCAUAACAUGAAGUUUAUUGUCUAUCUGAAGUGUCUAAUUUUUCAAGUUUGUAAGUUUAUUAAGUAGUUUUAACAUUGGGUGUUUUGUUGUUUUGACAAUGAAAAGACAGUUUAAGGAAAAGCUAAAUUCUAUUAAAACAUUUGAGGCAUGUUUGUACACUGCUGCUUCAGUUUCAGCACAUACAUCACUGUUGGUGGUGGUGCUGUGGUUUAGGACCACUUGGCUGUAGCGAGGAAUGCUGUUAUUUUGAAAGCUGAAUUGCUUUCACUUUUCCCAAAGAUAUGUUUGUAAUCCACCACGAAAACAGGAGUGGCCAGAAGUAUUGAGACAGCUUAAUAGUCACUCAAGUCUGCCUUUUUUUUUUUUUUUUUUUUUUUUUUUAAAGAAUUUAGUUUGGAAAGCAUGGUAUAGGCCUCUGAGUGAGUACGAUUUAGUACAAUGGUCCCUAGGUCCCUUGCCUUCUGUGAAAGGAUUGAGAUGUGCAUAAACGUGAAAGCAAAGGGAAUGACAAUUGCAAAAAAAUAUGAAUAAGUCCUUAAAAUGCUUUCAUUUACUAUUAACAUACUUUUUAAAUAAACUUUUUGGGGAACUACAUUGUCACAAAAUUAUACAAAAAUUUUUACAAGUAUAUACAUAAGGGUCAGAGAAAACAAACUUUUAAACACAAGAUUAUAAAUAUAUAUUCCCACAUUCUGAAAAAUAACAUUCUCAGAAAUAACUCCACAGAAAAUACACUUGGUUACUACUGAUCAUUUCUGAAAUAUAAAAAUUAGAUUUAAGUAUUAUUUUUAAAUGACAACUAUAUAAUUACAGAGAUCAGAUGGGUAAACUGCAAGAUAGGAUGAAACUUUUGGCCUACUGUAUUUAUUAUGGAGUUUUGUGUGUGGUUUUUAAAAUUGUUAAGGCAAGACGUGUCCAAUGCUUUAGAAUUAAAUAACAGUUAACUGAUUUUGUUGAUGUAGUGUUUUUAAAAAUCAAAUCUUAAGUGGUUAGUGAAGAGUGAAUUAAUGCAGAAGAGUUCGACUCAAACAUUUUCAGGACCAAAUUAAAUCUGUUAAAAAAAAGUUGAUUGCUUAGUCAUAUACUCAAAGGAUGAAUAAUAAACCCAUAUCUGUAAAAAAAAAAUUUUAAGAUCAUAAAGCCAGCCUUCUGUUGUGAUCCUUGCUUUUCCACUGGGAGAAGAAGCAACCAGUCCUUAACCCAUAUGGUGACCUGCACUCGGCUGUGGCGAUCCCAAAAUGAAGACUUGAAACACUGAAAGAACAAAGCACACAAGGGUGGAAUGGCCACUGUGCUAGGCUUAGGUGAAACGACAGUCCCCUUCAUUCUCCGAGUGCGCCAUCGAAUCUAAGGCAUUCGUUCAUUCCAGUGUUGAUGCUGUGAUCUCUGCAGAAGAUAUUUAUUUUUAAAUAGUUUAUAGUUUUCAUUGUUCUAUUAUAAAGACCGUAAGUGGGAACAAGGGCUUAAGUGGUUAGUUCAUUCUUUUUUACACAGAAAUAACAUGCUAAAAUCUGAUUGUAUAAUAUUUAAUAGAUAUUGACUGGAACACAUUUAUCUUUUAGUUACUAAGGUGGUUUGUGGGCAACCUAAAAUUGAUCCUAAAAUAUUUGUUGCUUGGUCUAACAGUCUAAAAUGAACCACCAUAAAAAAAAGAAGGGGAUGAAUAUGGCUGGUGAUAAUGAAGUAAAUGAUACGAAGUGCACAGUGUGCUUUGGCCUGCAUGUAUAGACAUAAAAGAAUUGGGACUACAGUGGCCACCAGUCUCAAGUUAUAAAUUCAGGUGCAUAGAUGCUGCACACAAAAAUAAUUCUCUAGGAUAAAAAAAAAAAAUAGAGCAGAUUUUAUGUGGUCUGUCAUGUUUCACCUUCCCUUGGUUGAUGGUGCAUACAUCAAGGUUACUGUUAAGAUGCCUAAAAGUCAAGGAACCUUUAGUCAGGAAACUGCCACAGCAGUGAUUAAGGCUGACUUACCAGGUUAGUCGUUUUUGAGGGAUAAAAAUGUAAUGGAAGCUGUUUUAUGCUAUAUAGUUUACUUCCUUAAGAGUAUAGUGAUAGUACUGAAAUUUUUCUCUUCCUCAAAAUGACAAAAGGGAAAAUUUUAGAUUACAACAGGCUAAAAAUGGGAGGUUAGUCUAGAGUGCUUUUUCCUUUAAUUUCUUCAUAAAAUAUGUUGAAGUAGAAUUAAUAUGUUCUAAAAUUUUGUUUAAUUUAGGAAAAUCCCCCCCCCUUUUUUUUGGUGGUACUGGGGAUCUAACCCUAGGGCCUUGCACACACCAGGCAAGCACUCUAGCACUGAGCUCUAGACUUUAAAAUUUUGAGACAGCAGGCCUUGAAGUUGUGAUCCUCCUGCCUCCUCAGCUGGCAUUAGAGUUGUACACCACUAUGUCUGGUUUAGGAGAAUUUAUUUUUUUGGUACUGGGGGUUAAGCCAGGGAUGCUUAACCAUUGAGCCACAUCCCCAGACCCUUUGAGGCAGGGUCUAAGUUGCUGAAGCUGACCUCGAACUUGGAAUCCUCCUGCCUCAGCUUCCAAGUCACUGGGAUUACAGGUGUGUGUGCCACCAUACACAGCUAGGACAAUCUUUUGAUGUGAAUAAUGACAGAAUAAUGUCUUAUGUGUCAAGUUUCUUUAAUCCCUCAGUCAACCCUCGAGAUGCAGCUAUUUGUUUUAAACUGACCAGGUUCAAUCAAUCACUGAUUAGGCUUUUUGUGAUAUAAUUUAGUCAUUUUAGUAUUCCCAGUGUUGGCCACAGUAGAUAGAAUCUUUGUUCUAUUAUCUAUUAUACUACAAAAGAUAAAUUAACAGUAAAAUUAAAAUUUACAGGACCAGUAGUGCAUCUUCAACUUCUUCACAUUUAGAAAAAUAUAUUUUUAAACAGCACUCUACAUAAUUUUCAGUCUUCAGGAAACUAUAGAUAGACUAAAAUAGCAAAUUCCUGAACGAUGAUUACUGAUCUUUGGCAGCAUUUAAAGUGAAAAAGACUAAGGAUCUAAGAGUUCAACCUCAAUCCACUAAGAAGGAAUUCUGACAAGUUUUCAAUGGACCUAGAUAUGUUUUGGAAUUAGCUGAUGGGUGACAAUACAUCUAACUAAAACUUCCCCAAUAGAAAAAAGCUAUAAAAGUUUUAUACCAAGAAUUAUUAAAUUGUAUAAGUUUGUGUGAAUUUAAUGUUUGUUAAUCAAAUGUUUAUAGACUUUGUCUUUAAUGUGCAGUGUUGUCUUCCACUUACUAGUGCUAUCUGAAAACCUAAAAAAAAAAAAGAAAAUUCACCACUGUACACCCCUGGAAAUGAUUGUUCCUCAUACCGCCUUCCCAAUAAUGAGGCUG